AUGUCUGAUAAAGAAAACGAAAUAUCAAUUAGUUGUGACAAAGGAUCACUUGAAAAUAUACUAGGUGCUGAAUUUGAAAAUUAUGAAGGUAUUUUACCUUUAAUUGACACUCCUAUAGAAAUUAUAGAAGGUACACAGUUUAUUUCUAUGUCAAUUGCAGUUCAUUUUAUAGAACAAUAUGCACGACAAAAGAAAUUUGCUGUUAUUAAAUACAAAACUGAAACAUUUCAAGAUGGUACUUGUAGAAAACGAGUAUUCAAAUGUGAUUUAGGAGGAAGAUAUAGUGAGAAACUUUCAAAACCAGCACUAGGCAAGCAAAAAAAUAAAGGAACAAAAAAAUAUGGAUGUAUAUGGCAAAUAAAUGUAACACGUGGAAAAAACUCUCCAAUUACAACUGUAACAUCAUUUAUUAAUGAUCACAAUCAUAAACUUUCUAGCGAAACUAUGAUAUUUUCUAUAGCUUACAAAGGUUUUUCCCAAGAAAUUAUGGAACAGAUUGAAUUUUAUGUUAUACAUGGACAUUGUGAUGCAACAAUGAUUAGAAAUUUACUUCAACCCAAAUAUCCUGAUAGAGUAUUUUUAUCUAGUGACCUUAGUAAUGCUAUUCAAAAAAUAAAACGAGAAAAUGGAAUAAAUCUAGGUGACGCAGCAUCAUUAUUAAUGAAACUUCUUGCGUAUCAAAAGAAUAAUCCUGAAUGGUUCGUAAAACCAUUAAUUGAUGAUACGAGUAAUAGAUUAAUUGGUAUUUUUUGGAUGUCACCAGAGCAACGACAAAGAUGGAUUAAAUUUUAUGAUGUCAUUAUUCAUGACAAUACUGCUCGCACCAACAAAUAUAAUUAUCCUUUAAGUCUUUUUAUUUUAAUUGAUAACUAUAAUAAGAGUAGAUUAGCAGCACAAGCAAUUAUACAAGAUGAAAGACAAGAAUCUUAUGAGUGGUUAUUACAAUGUUGCCUCGAAGCAUGUGAAAUACCACCAAUAACAUUUGUUACUGAUGCUGAUCCAGCAAUGGUCGCGGCUAUAUCUAUAGUAUUUCCAAAAACACAUCAUAUACAAUGUUUAUUUCACCUUUAUUUAAAUCUUCCAAAAAAUCUUCGUUCAUGUUUAGGUUCAUUAUAUCAAGAAUUUUUUAAAGACUUUAGAAAUAUUCAAAGAUCUCAUUGUGAAAGUUUAUUUGAACAACGAUUACAAGGUUUUGUAGAAAAAUAUGUAGCAGGAAAAAAAUAUAUAAAUACACUAUUAGAUAAAAAACACUCUUGGGUAAAAUGUUUUACAUCACGGCAUUUUACUGCAGGUACACAAUCAACACAACGGGCUGAAUCAGAAAAUGCAUUAAUACAAAAAGCAGUACAAUCUUCAUUUUCACUUUUGCAAGUACAAGAAGUUCUUGAACAGAGGCUCGAGUUCGAAAUUAUUAAUAAUCGUUACUCAAUCUGGAAAAUGUCAAUGUUACAAUAUUCACAAUCAUUCGUUAUACAAACAUUUUUCAAUGAUAUCAAUAAUAUUUUAAAGAAAUAUCUUACUCAACCAAUUCACGAUACACACCAUAAGCAAAUGUGUCAAUCUGUGUGCUAUCACGCUUUUCAAAUAUCAUUAACAGAAAUUUCAACAUCAGACGAUGAUUCUUUUGAACCAUUUUUUGAAAAAGAAAACAAUAAUGUGUCUGAAGAAAUUUUUAUUGAAGCGGACGAAGAUAGAGAACUUAAUUUACAAUCUUUAAUUGCAAUCGUUGAUCCGGGUGAUAUUUUGGAAAUUUGGAAAGUUGUACGAUACAAUUACCCGAAAUGUUAUCAAUAUAUAGUUUUGCUCAACAAUGGAGAGCACCUUUGUACUUGUUAUAUGCUUAUUACUCAUGGCAUAAUAUGCCGACAUUUUUUUAAAAUUUUUGUAGAAUCGUCAAAGGCACAAUUUCAUUUAAUGUUAAUACCUAACCGUUGGUAUAAAGAUGAAUAUAAUUCAGACACAAUUAAUGAAACAGUAAUAAGUAAUAACAAUUCUAACCAUAAUAUUACACAAAUUAAUUCAACUUUUGUUCAAAAAUAUACUUCAGAUGAUCUUUCAGAAAAACAUGGCAAGCAGAUAUCAAAAGAUCGAAUUAAAUAUGGUGUUUUGAUGGGGGAAGCAAAAAAAGCUAUACAAUAUGCAAUUGAAGAUGGUGAUAAUGAGUUAAUUCGAUUGAUAAAGGAAUUUAACCAAAAAAAAGAAAUUCAACGAAUUCAAGAAGAAUCCAAUAAACAACAAGAAAUCCUAGCAAAACGAAAAAAUAACGACAAUCAAAUUAUUUUGGGUACAAACGGCAUUUUAAUUGAUUCUCAGCAAAUUUUAGAUCCAUUAAAACAUCAAGCAAAGGGAAGACCACCAACAAAACGAUUAAAAUCCUUUUAUGAACAAUCUGGAAGCAAAUCAAAAAAUAAAAAUAAUAACGAACAUACAGCAAGCACUACGGCAUCUGAUAUGGGUCGCAAAUGUGGUAAAUGUGGAGAAAAUGGUCAUUAUCGUAGUACUUGUUCUACGAUAAUUUAA